AUGGCUCCUGCUCUCCUCCUCCUCCUCCUCCUCCUGCAGGAGGCGGUGUGGAGCUACGUCGCUCCUGAGGCAAGGCCCGAUGACUUUGCGCUAAAAGCUUGUUCUGCUGUGGUGAACUUCAGAAACGUUGCCUUCAUGUCCGGAGCUACAGUAGAGCUGGUCUGCAACUGCAAACCAACCAUGGUCCGAUCAGUGGUGUGGUUCUAUAAAAAGCACUUAGGCAGAUCUGAGGACACCAGAGUGCUGACGGAUCACCGUGGCAACACGCUACUGGACAGCAGUCAGGUCCCUCAUAGUGGAGACCUGCAGAGUCGAAUCUCCAUCUGUCUUUUCAGUCUUGUGAUUUUCAGGGCGGGGCCCAAUGAUUCUGGCAUCUAUAUCUGCGGUUCUACCCAAAAAGACUACUUCUUCUUUUAUGAUGUGGACAUCCAGGAAGCCAGCAAGAUCAGCUUCUAUUCAAGCCCAGAGGAAGAGAGCACCGCGCUGCCGAGCCGUGAAAUGAGAACCUCCGCUCAGCUGUACAAAUUGUUCACCAUCUUCCAGCCCUGGACUGUGUGCGACCGCUGUGGCGUUCCAGGUGAGCAGUUUCGUGUGGGUCUCUGCUACGUGGAAUCUGACUAUCUGCAUUUACGCUACAGAGAGCUCAACCAAACGUACACCUCAUGCGGUUCGGGGGCGGUGCCCAAGGCUUUUAGACAGUUGAAGCAGUACGAUGGCGGAGCCAAGAUGGAGGUCAGAAACUGUGAAGUGUCCUGUCCACCUCAACCUACUCCCCCCUCGAUAAUACGCACCGUGAUGUCAGUUACUGGUUACAGUUCUUCCACAGAACCCGCGGGACUGCCAGUGUACUAUCUGACCCGCCCAGCUGAGUACGUCCUGACUGGGUGUCCCGGAGCACAACCCACCCUGGCUGUGGCCUGGGACAGAGAAUCUCAACCGAUUUACCGUUCUGAGCACUUGGGGAGUGGUAGCAGCAGCACAACAUCCAGUCGGGUGCAUAUAGACACGGGACAACACCUGGUGUUCACACCUGCCAAAAUCGAGGACUCGGGUGUCUACUACUGCUGGCUGAACGGACAUCGGGCUGCUAAGAUUCAUCUCCUGGUGUACUCGCAUUUGGGACGGCUACAGUCGGUAACCUCACUCCCUGAAUUCCCGUUAGCCCUCAGGACUGUGUUGAUGUCAUAUGCAGCCAUGACCGCUUUGUUCUGUGGGGUCCUGUUAAUCAGGAUUGGAAUCCGAGUUUUCAGAGACUCUGUUGAAGAACAUUUAGAAUAA